AUGGACGGCGUCGAAGCCGUCGAAGAACUAGGAAGUGUCUCCGCUCAGUUGCUAAAGUCCAAAAUCCGUCGUGGCCAAAGAGCACUUGGUGCUCCCGACUCUAGAUGCAUGCUUGGCGAUCGAUGCAGCGCUAACGCAUUCCCAGCUCAACCUCGCCAUCCAAGAUUUGGGCCUCUACUGCUCGACGAAUCCCAGCAUGCCGUCCACCGUCUUGCCGUGGCUGCCACCCUGCAAGUCGCCUUGUUAGCACCCACUUGGAGCGAAUCUCCCGCCCGCGUAUGCUGGUCCGAAUGCACAGUGUUCAUGCAAUGCGUGGCCGGACAGUGGAAGAUCAUGCUUUACACGUCGAAAAACGAGGUGGGCUGCCACCUGACGACAUGCAGAAGAGCAACACGAUCAUCAUUUUAUGAGCUGUCAGGACGUCUGCGGGGAAGCCUAGAGAUUAGCAGGGUCUGGAUCCCACGGGAGCUGGCACUCCACAUGCUGCUAGGAUUGAACGCGAUGGGAAUGAUCACUAGUCUUCGGGGCCCACACGCCCCAGGAAGGAGAGCAUGA